AUGUCAGGGCGACGGUACGUGCGGCCAAACAAAUUACAGGGAAAUUGCGUCACCUGCAGGAAUUUCCACUCAGCAUUGUCAAAUGCCAUCAGAAAUCGUUGGACAUGUUGUAACAUUAAUUUGACAUUUUACGGCCCAGGACUGGGUUCGUCGGGUAUGAGACCGCAGAACAACACAGGACAAGAAUUAACCCUUGGUAGACAGCUGUCGGGCGGGCCAAGGAUGCUGGAGCCACCAAGGGAUCUUGCAGCAGCAUCUCCAGAACACUCGGAAAAAUAUUAA